AUGUUGGACGCCUUCGAGAUCUUGACGACCUCCGGUGUCGUCUUGUGGUCGAGGUCCUCUUCCAAGAUCGGUGCCGCCGCAGUCAACAGUUUGAUUAACGAUGUCUUCAUCGAAGAGAAAGUCCGCCCGACUGCGACCAGUUCAAACAAUCCCACGUACAGACACGACAAGUACACCUUGAAAUACACGCUGGUCAAGGAUCUGGGCCUGAUCUUCGUGGCCGUCUACCAAUCUCUCCUUCACCUGACCUGGGUUGACAAGUUGCUCGAUGACAUCCAGACAAUCUUUGUCGAAGUCUACAGAGGCCAGCUUGAGGAACUCGACUACGCUGCUCUGAAAUAUCCCUUUGAUCCAUACUUCGAUGAAGAGAUGCGUCGACUGGAUGAAAGUACAGGUGGCGCCGUCACUCAGGAACCAAGUCACGUUGCACCGCCGCUGGAAGAAAAGAAAACAAGCGCUGAAGACGGGGACACUGGAGGACCGCCUCCGCCACAAACACCCCCGCUAGCUAAGGCACAGCUGAAAGCUGUGCCCGGCAUCAACCAAGACUCCUUCCAGAAUACUCCUGUACACUCACCCGAUGCAUCUCGUCCGACGACUCCUAUACCCGGCAUUGCACCACACCUGUUGACGGAGAAUGGCAGACCGCAAAGUCGUGGCUCUCGGAGAGCAAGAAAGGCUGCUCACGCUGCUACUUCAGCAAACGUGUCCAGCGGAGACGAAGCUAGAAAACAAAAACCCGGCAAAAGUAGCGCAAAGAAAGGCCGAGUUUGGGGUCCUGAUGGAAUCGCCGACGUGGAAGAUGAUGUGAAACUUGACUACUCGGCCGGUGACGCUGGCACGAACGGAGAGACAGGAAUGCACUCUCUGCCACCGGAAACCAUUUCACAAGAGAGUUGGGGAACCAAGAACAAACAAGGCCAGUUUGUCCUUAAAGAUCUUGGCGAUGAAGUGAACAACAUCCUCAAAUCGGCGGACGCCAACAAAGGCGAAACCACUGGGACUGGAAAAUCGACCUUCGGGGCGAUCUCAGGAUACUUUAGAAACAUUGUCGGCGGGAAGACACUGACCAAGGCAGACCUGGAGAAGCCCCUGAAGUCCAUGGAGGAACACCUGAUCAAUAAAAACGUCGCCCGUGACGCGGCUAUCCGCUUGUGUCAGGGAGUGGAGGCUGAGAUGGUUGGUAAAAAGACGGGGGCAUUCGAAUCAAUCGAUGCAGCCUUGCGACCAGCGCUGGAAAAUUCACUGAGAAAGAUUCUCACACCCAGGUCGUCGCUGGACCUUCUCCAACAGAUCGAGACCGUUGCAAAUCCGACGGGAGCAAAAGCGCAGCCCCGUCCGUUCGUCAUCACCAUCCUGGGUGUGAAUGGCGUUGGGAAAUCCACCAACCUGUCGAAACUCUGCUACUUCCUGCUGCAAAACAACUAUCGCGUCUUGAUUGCCGCAGGCGAUACCUUCAGGUCCGGCGCUGUCGAACAACUGAAUGUGCAUGUGCGGAAUCUGAGGGAGCUCACCGCUCGCGAAGGUCUCGGCGCAGUCAGCAUCUACGAACGUGGCUACGGCAAAGAUGCAGCAAAUGUGGCCCGGGAUGCCGUGACCUUUGCCAAAGAGAACGACUAUCAAGUGGUGCUCAUCGACACGGCCGGACGAGCCCACACCAACACGCAACUCAUGGCGGCGCUGGAGAAACUUGUCGACUUUGCCAAACCCGACUUGAUCCUUCAAGUGGCAGAGGCGCUGGUGGGCAAUGAUUCGGUGGGCCAGGCGCAGAAUUUCACCCGAGCAUUGGGUAAGAACCGUAAGCUCGAUGGGUUCAUUGUCUCCAAGGUCGACACGGUGGGAUCUGGGAUCGGGACCAUGAUCAGUCUCGUCCAUGCUACUUCCGUGCCAGUGCAGUUUAUUGGCGUGGGUCAGCAUUACGGAGAUCUACGCCAGUUGUCAGUUCCUUGGGCGGUGAAUAUGCUGAUGAACUAG